GACCUCAGAUCAGCCAGCACUCUACUCGGUUGCUGUACACCCACUUGUCCCUCCCUAGACAACAUGGGCAGAACACUCAUCUUUGCUACUAUCCUGGGUGUUGCCCUCUCCUUGUCUUCCCUUGAUCCCUCCCGGGAGCAACCCAUUCGUCCCGGCCUCGUCUUCUCCCCAGUCUUUAAGAUGCUGUUGACAGGACGGUACUAUGUCGUCCCCGUUGUCAUCAAGACGGACGACAUCCAACGUCCUCUCAUCAACGUGGCAAAUCUAACAGCGGAAGUUUCAUGGUCGAUUGAACAUAUGAAUCAAUCGUUUCCUACGGUUGGUCUGCUCAGGCGCACUCUAGACUCUUUUCACAUUGAGUUUGCGAAGUUAUUCAAAGAUCUUAACGACUUUCUGUCGGCUAUGAGUGGUAGAGAUGGGAGCCCGUUUCGGACUCGCCAGAAGCGAGGGGCCGUGGAUUUCCUUGGCUCGGUAGCAAACCUCCUUUUCGGUACGGCCACUCAGGCCCAAAUAGAUGUGAUACACGGGAAGCUCUCCCAGCUCUACACUCUGUCCACAGACGAGAGACGUCAACUUAACCUCCAUCAGGAAGUCCUCAACGCCACAGUUCGGGACCUCCGUCAUGUUCAUUCUGCCAUCUCCCGUCUAGAGUCCGCCUCGGCUUUGGCCUCAGCUAUUAUCCGUCAGUUCUCAUUAAGAACCUUGCAAAUUGAAGGGGAAAUGCGUAUUUUGGAGACUAUCCUUCUCAUUCAGUUGGCACUUAGUGACCUGAAUCAUGAUACUCUGAAUCUCAAGCUUGGCCUUCAGCAGCUGUCCCAAACGCAGGUUUCCCCUCUCCUCCUUCCAAAUGAUGUACUAUUUCGUGUGCUCAGCAAUGCGUCACUCCAUUACCCAGGCUUACUGUUCCCUGCAGCACAUGAAUAUUUAGCAUUGUAUAGAGAUGUCUCUAGGGUUAUUUCUAAAGGUACGCUUUCCUCAGGAACCCUUCACUUCUACUUACAAAUCCCCAUGAAAGGGGAUCCCUCUGACGUGUUCGAUGUGUUUAAAAUGGACGCGUUGCCUUUUCAUCUUGAGGGCACGCCAUAUUUUCUGCACACCGACACGCUUUCCACUUACCUUGCGGUUUCUGAAGACCGCACUCACUAUAUGCUCUUAGACUCCUUGGACCGCUGUACUAAACACCACCUGCUCUAUGUAUGUCCCCCUGUCGCCCCUGUCUACUCGACUUCUGUCCAGCGCUGCGAGAUCGCUCUCUUUCUCGAUCGCCCAGACGCCCUCUCGCUGUGUUCUAAGUCUCUCCUCAGAAUCUUCCCCCCGGUCUUCAUCCCGUCUCCUGCGGGCUGGGUCUUCGCUACCGAUACCCCCCAGGUGGUCACCAUGGUCUGCCCGGACAGCCCGGUCUCCAAAUACAAGCAGACCAUCAACGGGACGGGUCUCCUCAGCCUCGGUAUGGGCUGUAGUGCCCACUCCGACGCCUUCAGCCUCCCUGCCUCUGCUACUAUGGACGGUGACGCCCCGCUGACGGUUCAUCGCGCCCCCUUCCACAUCGGACGUGACGUGGUCUCAUCGCUCCUGGCCAGGACUCCCCUUGGCCCCUUCCCCUCCCCGCCGCCGUCGCCCGGGUCGUCUCUGGCCCCCCCGCUGGACCUCCCUCCAGCACUUCACGCGCUCCAGGAAUCCGUCUCUCCGGUCCCCGCCUUCGACCCCUUCCUCCCUUGGUGGGGGUGGCUGCUCCUCCUCGGCGUCGUCUUCGUCGCCGGUGGGGUGGCCUUCUUCAGUCUCUUCGGGUCCCGUCUCUCGCCGGACUCCUCCCCCGCGAUCCCGCCAUCCCCGUCUUGGUCCUCCAUGGUCGUCCGCCCGACGGAACGCUUCGUGCCACGAGGACGUGGCGUGAUUUUAACGGGGGGGGUAUGUGGUGCCCCGCGGGUCGCGACACCACUCGCUCCGGUAGCAGCUGUGUCAUCAUCCUCACCGGCAAUAUUUUCAGAUGACGACAGCGGUAUCGACCGCUAAGCACAACACGGACUCCGAAAUAUAGACACACGAAACCACAGGGUAUUCACUUAUGCACCGCUAGCCAACACAUGACUGUCCUCAACCGCACUGUUUACUUACCAACCUAUACACAAUGGCCCAUUAACGCACCCGCUUAUCUCUCUAAGCCAAAACGCGGAACAAAAUGUUAUGACAACAAAGCUGCGUCACCGCGUGACAGCUACACUAAGGAUUAAAGUCGAGUGUGAGCCAAUCUUAUUAAACAUGUCGGUUAGGUAGAUUAUUGUAUGAGCUUGAUGUAAGUUUGAUGUACGACUCAUACGCCUGACGUGUUACCCUCGUGAUGUCUGUAUGUAUGUCUUG